AUGGACAGUCAACUGCAAAGAGAGGGUCGACUGAUACUAUUGGUGGACAAGCAGUGGAGGGAAGACAUGAAGCAACUGCCAAACGAAGAGAUAGCGGUUCCAGUGCUGCAAUUGCCAGACCCGGAGCCCGACAACGGCAACCCUAACGACACACUCAAAGACCUGGAGCUCAAGUGGACUGAUCUCGCGCUCAAUCGCAUC